AGAGACCACUGACCGACCUCUGAGUGCCACGACGACGACGCAUCCCAGGGUUCUCCACGGUCACUGCUGCUGCUGCGGUAGUUUAUCGUGUGCUCCGGUACGUCCCGGUCGUGUCCUGUCUUGUCCCGUCGCCGCCUCAUCGCGGUUCAUCGCGUCGGUUCGGUUCUUCCCGGGUUAUUUUGUCCAGCCGUCCGUUUCGUCGAUACGCCGUCGCGCGGUCAUUCCGUGGUUUCGCUGAAGUCGCCGUCGUCGCGAGGUUCCGGCCGUUCCGUCAAAUGGUAUCGCUCGGGGAUCCCGGUGGAUUCGUCCGCGUUUGAAGUUCCGUGGUUCCGUGGACGAUUUUGCGCGCGUUGGAACCAUACUUUUUUGGAGGGGUGAGAGGGUGUGUGUGAGAGGUGGGUUUGACCUAGAGGAUGUUCCGAAGCUUGUGGAAUAGCAGAAGCGGUAGCGACCAUGUGUAGUGCAACUACAAGUGAUUCCAAGCAGUUUUGCAAUUCAAAUCUGACCUGUGGUGGAAUGUGUGGUGGUGAAUGCUAACGUGUGCAGCCCAGGCCAGGAGUCCACUCUGCUGGAGGGUUCUUAAUUUAUUCCGCCGGAAGUGACGUCGGAGCCGUUUUGCAUAGCGAUUCUGCAGCUGGUGAACACACAUUGGAAUGGUGAAGUUGCCCAAUUGAGUCAAAGUCAAUUACCUACGUUCUGUGGAUAUCCCCGAUACAUAUCAGUGAAGUUCGGUCUUCCAAAGGAUUCCCCCCGGAGUGAUUCGCUAAAAGGUUGGCAAGUCAGAGUUUCCUGCGGAUCCUGCAUAUACCGAUACAUAUCAACAUCUGUGGAUUAACAUAUCGCUACUUCCUAGGAUAACUUCAACUAUUGUUACGAGAAUUAUCAUAUCAUAAGGUUAAGGUGCAGCUCGUAGUGCUUAAGUGAAUGUCAGUUUAAGAAGCAUAUCUAAAUAUUAAUAAAAAGUUGAAAAAAGUUACAAAUCAGUAGUUGUGAUUCCUGCUAUGCGUAUUUCAGUGUUACACCAAGAAGAAAAAAAUAAGUGUGAAAAAUAUUCCAACAUAACCUACAGAGUUAAAGUAAUAAAUUUUCAAACGUAGUUCCUUAACCUAAUCAUGAAAAAGUGACUGAACGCGCUCAAAGCCCAACACAACACAACAUAUCACAACUCGUCGGCGAAAGCAUCCUUCGGACAAAGAAAAACAAAAACAUAACUGAAGCAAAAAAAUACACACUCACACCCACAGCGGAAACACGCCAGAGACACCUUCUCACAAGCCACAAGCGUCAUCUUGGAGGCGCAUUUUCCUCCGAUGGAAGGAAAAACAAAAACAGAGGAAAACCAUCCCCCUCGAAACUAAAGUGAACCGCCGCCGUGGUUGAAAGUGGACACGUGAGACGCCGGGCACGUGUGGACGGGGGAAAAAAACAACAACAAACAGAAACACACUCACACAAACGAGAAGUAAAAAUACAGAACAUAUCAUCAUGCUAGUGACACUGCUGAGAUUCGUUUUCGUCGUCCUGAUACUCGGAUCGAAUAUUAAGACUGCAAUAGCUAUUUUAAAUUGUAUAUUAGCGAGACAGCUCUGUUUCGAGGAUCCAUCAUGUUCCGCCAUCCUAGAGAUCAUCCCGCGGGUGUGUGGGCCGGUGCCAGUGGCCUGCAGCACGGUGACCGUGACCAAGUGCCAGGCGGCGCUGCGGACGCUCCAGGCGUUUCCGUUUUUUCGGCCGACCUGUCUGUGCAAGGAGCCCGGCAUCGACCCGGACUGCAACUACUUCCGGGACUUUCUGUUCGACCAUCCGUGCGGUUUCGUGUCCAAGAAGGAAAAAGACCCGUACCCGGUGGACGCGCUGCCCACGUGUAACCACGCGCUUUCCGUGUGCCAGCAGGAGCGCAAGUGCAUCAAACUGUUCGAGGACUUCAAAACGCACUGCAAGGUGCGGGAAAACAAGUGCCGGAUGGAGGACAGAGAGUUGUGCUACGAAGCGUGGACUAAUCUCCGAUUAUCGCCGAUGUUUGGCUGUAUCUGUCCAAACAACCACAUGAAGCGCCGGUGUGAUAAAAUAUUCAGCGUCGUGAACCACAAUCCGUGCGUUGAUGUUCUACCCUCCGCACUUGACAUUUCUUCUGGCACCGCUACCAACUCCAUCUAUCCCAACUUUUACCCGUCGGACGUGAUCGAAGAUCCGCCGCCGACCAGCACCUACCCCUACUUCCUGUUUCCCUCGAAAAAGUACCCCCCGUCCGCCUUCCAGCCGGCCCUGUACAGUGGCGCCGACUACAUCAACGUCCCCGCCGGCAACACCAACCAAUCCCUGCCCCACCACCACCGAUCCUCGUACCACCCGUCCUCCCCGGCGGAUCCCCGUCACCACGACGCAUCUAGCACUGCACCGCAUCAACCACCACCAGCACCACCAACACACUCUAGUAGUCACAAUAAGCACAAUAAUUUUGACAGCACCGACAGCACUAGCCACUAUUUGCACCCCAACCAGCACGGCAAGCACCAGCACCAACCACCGACGGCACCAACCUUCGGCAGCGGGGACACGAACCACUCCGCUGGUCUCGUUCCCUGGAGCGGUCUCGACGUGGCCCCGGACCUCCGACAACGGUUAGACGUACGGGCCAUGGGCAUGGACGAUAACUACCACCGACUGCUGGACCAGAACAUGGCCCUGAUCGAGACCCCGUUGGUGGCGCCGGCCCACGCGUACUUCCCUCAGCACUACAAGACGGCCCUGUACCCGUACAACAUCUCCGGCUACCACCACCAGCACCAGCACGGACUCCACGGUGGCCACUUUGGACACAACGGGAACGGAAAUGGGAAUGGCCACGGCCAUCUGGCCCCGGCGUCGAUGUCCUCCCCGGUGGACAACAUUCUGAUCAAUUUGAGCGGCGAUGGCAACGGAGACGCGGCCAUCGAGUACGGCAGCAGCAGCUUCGACGAGAACAAUGCGGUCGAACGUCAAAUUGGAUCGGAUGAUAUCGAGGAAAAGGAGGCCGAGAUGAGCUUCAUCCAUUUUCAGAGCACCUGCCACCUGGCGCUGGACGCGUGCCGCGACGACCAGGUCUGCUCGGGCGCGCUCAAGACGGUGCUGAUGCACUGCGAGCAGCACCGGUGCAACCGGAACGCGUGCAUGGACUCGCUGCAGAGCUUCUACAAGAACAUCGUGGACGACCUCAGUUUGGACAUUGCGUUUUGUCUGUGCAGGAAAACACCGAACCGCCACGACAGCUGCAUGAUCGCCCAGGAGAAGCUCCACCCGGCCUGUGCCCAGCGUCCCCCGGAGAGUCUCGUGCCGGCCGCGACCAACGGAGUCAUGUACAGUCCGCCGCCGUCGUGUCACGCCGUGGCGGAGAUGUGCCGCGAGGACGAAGACUGCCGGGCGCGGCUGGAGGUUUUCGAACAGUCCUGCGCCGUGGACAGCGUUACGAAAAAGUGCGCCGGCAAGACUAGCGGGUGCAGACAGGCCAUGCUGGGAAUAUUGGGGACUCCGCUGCGGACAAACUGUGCCUGCCAGGGGUCGGAUCUGCAGCAGCUUUACGAUUGUUUGGGCUGGCAGCGACUGCUUUGGCUGAAUCCGUGCGUCGUUGAAUCCCAAAAGGACUUCCACCUGAAGCGGUUGGCGGAGCUUGGACUCUUGACAACGACCACCACAACUACGACGACCACGAUGCGUACAACCAGGGCGACGCCUCCACCAACGCCACCUCCAACGAAGCCGAAACCUGUGUACCGUCCCAAACCGACCGAGCCUCAGCCGAUCGAGACCAACUACAUCGAAACGCCCGAGACGCGGCCGGAGACGCUGGUCCACAAGGGUAACGAGCUGAUCAUCCGCUCCGACUACGAACCUCCACGACCCCCGGAAGUGUACCACAUCCCGGAUCACGACGAUCAUGACGACAUCGACGAUGAUCUACCCCCGAUGGGAAGCAACAAGAUCAACCAGCGACCGGACGAGCAGGUGCUGCAGAUGCUGACCACGGAGUUGAUCGAGCUGGAGACGCCUGCGCCUACGACCACCACUACGACCACGACGGAACCGACGACCACAGCGGUUCCGAUCAGGUAUUGCGUGGUCCAGCGAUCGCACCAGUCCGAUCAGUUGAUCGCCGAAAGCAAGAGUCGGCGGCUCUACAUGCUGGACGACGCCGAGUGCAGCGAGCUGUGCACCUGCGGCGGCGGAGACUCGCUCGCGUUGACCUGCCACGCGCUGUGCGUCCCGCUGGCGCCCUGCCGGACCUCUCUGGCAUACUACAGCCACGCGGCGCCCGCCUAUCAGGCCUUCCGGGGGCGCUGCCUGUGCUACUCCGGCCGGUUCAUCUGUAUGCGUCCACCGCCCGGGGAGUACUCGCUGCCGGGUGGCAUCUUUCUGUUACUAGGUUAUAGUUCUACCGAUGAAGCACUGUUAAGACCGCACACUAAUCUAGGAGUUCAGGACGCUGUCCGAGCGCUGCAGCAGUACGUGCUGCAGCACAUAAACAAUGAGACCUCUUGUACAUUAACGCUGUUCAAUAUCACCGAGGAGAAUAUCAUUCUGUCCAUAAGACUACCCCACGAUCCCAAGCUCACGAAUUUAGAGCUUCUAAGACAAGAAAAGGACCACUGUACAAAGAUCCUCGAAACCAUCAGCCACCAGAUCAACACCCAGCACGUCGAGAUGUCCGCCCACCGGCUGCUGAGCAUCUUCAAGAUGGCCGAGGUGCAGGUCGUCUGGCCGGAAGUGAGCCGAGCCAGCCCGAGCUCGCCCCGAUCGAGCCAUCUGGUGCUACUGCUGGCAACGCUGCUGGCGAUCCCCUUCGUACGGUGGCACCACCACCACCACCACGAUCACCGGUGGACCGUUACGUGACGUUAGGAUUCCCGUCCACCAUCGUCAUCCGCGAGAUCACCGCGUCAUCGUUGCACCCAUACCCGUACAGCAAGCAGAGAGCAGCAGUCUACUCACCCAAACAAUACGCUUCAUACUCGUCGGCUUCACCAAACUCACUAACACUCACUCACAUCUCCUGUAAAUGAGGUUUGUACAAAAAGACAACUAACCAGGCCCCCCAUUGUAAUCUCCAUCAUGUUAUGCGACCCCGCCCCACACACAAACACACUGUUACACACACCUACUUUUUAGCGAAACAAACAAAUAAUACGAACUACAUAAGCAAAACUAAACAAAAGAAACAAAACAAAAGGGAAAAGUUUACGUUUUUUACUCGGUGGUUAAGAGAGCGAAGCGAAUUAAAAAAGAAUGAUGACGAAGUGUGCGUGAGGUUGUGUGCAGAACAAUAGGCGACUGCCGAUUUCUGACGAUUGUUUUUUGGUACGCUCUUUUUUAACUGACGCGCGUUGAAAGUGUAUUGUAGUGUUUAUGGAAUGACGCAGCGAGCAGGCUUCAAAGAAGUAUGCGUGUGUGAGUGUGCGAUUGGUGUUUUGACCUGGUAUUGUUCUCCCGCGCGGUUUUGUGCAAUGGAAUAAUGGCUGAGAACAUUGCAUUGGAUGGGUACCGUGUGAGUAAGGGUAUGUGAUUUAUAAAUAUUUAAUUUGUGUUCGCUGUUAGUUGUGAGUAGCUAGACAACUUUCCUUCCGGGUUAAAGCAGACAAAACAUAAACAUGACAAACACAGACAAAUGAAUCAAUUUAUUUUAAAAUUUGUGUUUUAUUCAAUGUCAAUAUUUAUUUUUUUUUAUUUUUCAAUCCUGGUUUUAUUUUGUUCCAAAAUAAAUUGAUUGUUUGGAAAAUCUUCAAAGUUUGAUUGGAAAAUUUGAAAACAUAAUUCGCUGAUUUUUAUCCUUUUCUCUUAUUUUUUUCAUCUCUGGGGGGGAUGGAGGUAAGACAGCCACCCUAAGGGAGAAGUCUGAAAAAGUUACACACCAGAUUAUUUUGAUCUCAAAUUACCUACAUAUUGUUCUACAAGUAGUCCAUUUUAGGAAUGACAUAAAUUAGUUGGUCUAAAAACCAAUUUUCAAUACUUUUCAGCUUCAGAAAUACGCGGGGUAAGACGGCCACCCAUGUGGGGUAAGACGGUCAGUGCUAUAAAUUAACUUAAUAACUUUGCUAAAUUCACCCAAAUACCUACAUGGUUGGUUGAACAGACUUCUCUGAACAUCAUAACUAUAUUGGUUGAAAAAAAUCAAGUUUCAAAUGUGAAGAAAAAUGCUGUUUAAAAAAUUUCAUAUUUUGGCUCAGUAAAUUUCAUAUUGUUGCGACCACAUUUUAUAAAAAAAUGUGAAUUUUUACAACAAAACAAACACAAUUUGAUGCAAAAUAAUUAGCUUAUAUAUUUCGAUUAGAAUAAGUAAAUCAAAAUUAAGUUAACAAUAUUAGAUAAGCAUUUUUUUAUGAAAAAUUUGAUAGGAUUUCAAUGAGUUUUGCUAUAUCACAGUAAAGAAUGUUGGCGAAAUGGUAGCUAACAGCAUUUUGAUUAAAAAUUGAUAGUUUUAUUGGAAAUGCUUUUCCUUAUCUACAAAUAUGUCUUAGUAGUACAAAAAAAAUCGUCAAAAAUAUAACCUAUAUCAAAUAAAAUUUACAAAUUAUGGAUGGCCGUCUUACCCCCGGAAGAGGUGGCCGCUAUUUUGCAAAUAGCUCAUUGCUUUUUUUAAACUUUUCCGAAGGACAUAAUCUAGGGAAAACUUCAAUUUAACAUCAAAAAAUAUUUGAAGACAGGAAAACAUAUUGUUAUCUAGCAAAAAUGCUUAAGUUGUUAUUCAUGAAAAUUACAUCCAGUUUCAAGUUCCAAAAUUAUUUGUUUAUUUAGAGCUAUUUUUCUACUAUUUCAAACAAUAUGUUUGGCAAAGGUGACUCCAUAUGCAUUUUUUAGUAUGAGGAACAGUAUUGCUAAACAUUCUAGUAAUAUUCAUUAGUAUACUUAUUAAAACAGAAGGGUGGCCGUCUUACCCCCAACUCCCCUACCAAUUAACAAGAAAUGGGAAAAGUUUCCCCGAGCCCUCUUUCUUGCGUAAAACUUUGUUCUAUGAGGUAAUUUUGGUCCAAGAUCACAAAUCCGAGGUCCCUUUGACUUUUUUAUAAUCAAUAAGAUCGUGUUUUUUACAAUUUGGGAAUAAAAAGGUUUGCGAAUAAAAAGGUUUUUAUUUUUAUUUUAUUA